AUGGAGGUGCCAGAACUCACUCGUGCUUUCUCGCCCACCGGGGGCCAGCUGGCUCCAGCUCCUGGACACCCAGGAGCCCCAGGUGGGCAGGUCUCACCUCACCUGACCCUGGGCCCUGUCAUUCUGCCACCGGAGCAGGGUCUGGCCUCUACUGUGUUCCUGAAGGCCCUGCCCAUCCCAUUGUACCACACAGUGCCUCCGGGGGGCCUCCAGCCACGUGCCCCCCUAGUGACACACAGCCUGGAUGGGGGCAGUGUACCCCUUAUUCUCAGCCCCCUGCUGCGGCCUGAAGGACCCGGCCCUACCCAGGUGGGGAAGCCAGCGGCCCCGGCACUCACUGUGAACAUUGUGGGCACUCUGCCUGUCCUGUCGCCGGGCCCGGGGCCCAUGCUGGGGAGCCCGGGCAAGGUACGGAAUGCCGGCAAGUACCUUUGCCCACACUGUGGCCGGGAUUGCCUGAAGCCCAGUGUUUUGGAGAAGCACAUCCGGUCCCACACGGGUGAGAGGCCCUUUCCGUGUGUUACCUGUGGUGUCGCCUUUAAGACCCAGAGCAACCUGUAUAAGCACAGACGCACCCAGACCCACCUCAACCACUCUCGGCUGUCCUCGGAGUCUGAUGGCGGUGGGGGCAGCCUCCCGGAGGAGGGGGACAAGGCUGGAGAGAGCUCCAGAGCGGAUGGCGUGGGGGACGGCAGCAGCCAGAGGGUGGGUGGUGGGGCCCGAUCGGAGAGACCCCUCUCUGUAGGCGCCCAGGGUGCUGGGCAGUGCCCAGCGCCUGCCAUGCCCCUGUCUUCUAUUGCCAAGACCCUGGCUCUGAAGUUGGAAGCUGUUCCCUGUCCAGGGUCCGCAUUUGCUGACAGAGAGACCCCCGUGGACUCUGCCCGCACGGCCUCCCCUGGGCUUGCCCUGGCUGGCUCCCAGCCGAGGCGGAAGCUGCCAGAGCAGAUGUCCCCGACUGCUGGCCGGCUGUGCUCCCUGCAGCAGCAGCAAGCGGCCACGUCCUCGGAGAAGCCCUGGGACGCCAAGGCCUUGGAGGGCCGGCUGCGGAAGUGUGAGAGCACCGACUCGGGCUACCUGUCCCGCUCUGACAGCGCAGAGCAGCCGCCGGCCCCCGGCAGCCCCUUGCACAGCCUGUCGGAGCACAGUGCCGAGUCUGAGGUGGAGGUGGCCCUGGGGCCUGGGGGGCCUAGCCUGCAGCUGGAGAAGAAGCAGCUGGAGGAGCGCAUCGCCUGGCUCAUCUCCCACAAUCAGGCCGUGGUGGAUGAUUCCCAGCUGGACAAUGUGCGGCCCCGCAAGACGGUCCUGUGCAAGCAAGGCAGCAUCGACCUGCCCAUGCCCUACACCUACAAGGACUCCUUCCACUUUGACAUCCGGGCGCUGCAGCCAGGCCAGAGGAAACCCGCUGCCCUCAGCUCGGCCCGUUCCACCUUCACCCCCCCAGACAAGGCACGGCCACUCUUCUUUCACUCUGUCCCCGCUCAGCUCUCCACCACCGUGGCAUGUGUGCCCGUCACCAGGAGCAACUCACUGCCCUUUGUUGAGGGCACCAGGAUAUGGCAGGAGCCCCCGGGCCCCCGGGCCGCCUGCCCCAGGAGGCAGAAGCCUCUAAGCCCCAGGCCUGCCCCCGCCCGACUGGUGGAUGUCCCCAGCGGCCACCCCCGGGCCCUGGUCAGACAGGCUGCCGUGGAGGAUCUGCCAUGCCCCCCCACUGGAGACAGCCAGGUGCCUGCAGAGGACUCGGAUAGAAACAGAGCUGCUGCUGGGGAGGGGGCAGCCAGCAAGGGCAGAGCAGGCAGUAAGAAGUGUAGCCAGAGGAAGCUGAAGAUGUUCUCCCAGGACAAGUGGCAGGUGUAUGGGAAUGAGACAUUCAAGAGAAUCUACCAGAAAAUGAAAAACAGUUGCCACAGAGGGAAGAAGGCAAGGGAGAUGACCCUGAGUAGUGGGACAGAGCUGGCCUUUCCUCUCCAGGAAGAGUUAGCAGGGAAUGAGGGCACAGUCCCGUCCCAGGACAGGAUGACCCCUGUCCAUGGGGACACAGCUGUGGGGGCCAAGCCAGGGCCUUGCCAAAGUCCACUGGCCCCGGAGGGCUUCUUGGUGAUGGAGUCCCCCAAACAGAGGGAGAUGGUGGCCAGAGCAGGAGGCAGUGACCAGCCUAGGGUGAGCAGGGCCACCUCGCCCCCCACCCUCAGCUGCAGAGAACCCCGCUGUUUGGGCAGCAAGAGCCCCCUGCUUUCUCCAAAUGGGAGGCUGGAGCUGGGGUGUCAGCUGCCUGCAGCACCUGGUCCCCUCAGGGGAGGUGACCUAGAGGCUCCCAAGCUGAUUUUGCCAGACCCUAAGAUGGAAGAAGGCACCCGUGGUGGUGGGGACAAGAAGGAGACCUGUCAGUGGACCCAAACUGUGCCGAGGCGGCCCAGUGGUAGCUCUGGGGAGUCCCAGCCCUCAGAGGACAAGCUCCCCUCAGAGAGGAAGAAGCUGAAGGUGGAGAAGCUGAGCUGCCAGGAGCAAUCAGAGCCUCUGGGAACAGAAAGAGAGGCCCCAGGUGGCCCCGUGCAGGCCACCUCCCCGCCAUCUCAGAACCAGGACUGUGACCCUGGGGAUAAGCCAGGGGAGCUGCAUGAGAGUGCUGAUGGCGUGGCCAGGGGCAGGGCUGGGCAGCCGGGCAGGCCCUUGGAGCUUUCCGGCGCCCCCUCUGCUGCUCCUUCUGUGGCCCUGAGGCAGCUCUUCUGCCCAGUGGCCUCAGGGAUGGUGGCCCAGCCUGAAUGGAAGAAAGGACCACCGUGGAGGAAGGCGAAGAUGUUUCGGGGGAGUGGCAAACAGAAGCUGAGCAUCCGCUCCAGAAGGUAG